GAGCACUACGUCCACUGCGACUAUGCCCUUUGCAACGAACUCUUCUCUGUGGAGGCGAGAAUUCCUUUCCGAGAGAUUUCCGGUCUGUCGCUGUGAGGACUGACUGGCUGGGCGCUGAUUGUUUUAUACAUUAGAAUGGUUGUAGAAUGUGUGCAUUUGGAGGCCGAUGCCUACAUGGUGUGUUUAACACAUGCAUUGUCAACAGAAAGAGAAGAAGUAAUGGGAUUACUCAUAGGAGAGGUUGAUGAAAAUCGAGCCCUACACAUUUACUCAGUUAUCAUGUUAAGACGAUCAGACAAACAGCCAGACCGGGUAGAAAUCUCUCCAGAGCAGCUCUCUGAUGCCUCUAGUAAAGCAGAGAGACUAGCCCAGCAGUACAACAAACCCUUGAGAGUGUUAGGCUGGUACCAUUCUCAUCCACACAUCACCGUUUGGCCAUCACAUGUCGAUGUGAGAACUCAAGCAAUGUAUCAGAUGAUGGACGAAGGGUUUAUUGGACUUAUAUUUUCUGUUUUCAAUGAAGAUAAAUCUACUAAAAGUUACAGACAUCAACUGACCUGUUUCCAGUCGGUAAAUCAGGCCUUGGAUGGAUACCCACCUCAGUACGCCAGAGUAGAAGUCCCUCUCCACAUUGUCCCAAGCUCAGGGUUAGGAAAAGCCUGUCUGGAAUCUCUAAUAGAACUUCCCAAAAUUCUCUGUCAGGAGGAAGAGGAGGAGUACAAGAAGGCCACUGCUGACCCCGAGCUAGAUCUAAUUACCAAACUCCAAAACUCCUCAGUGUUUACAAAGUCGCUGUGCCAUAUCAUGGAAGUCAUGCAUGGGCCAUUAAUACAAUCACUCGAAAGUCGCUUAGAGCAGAAUAAUGCAAAGAUUGCAGAAUUAGAAAAAAGGCAAGCAGAAAUUCAGAAACUCAUCGAUAGCAGCUAAUUGUUUUUUUUAUAUUACAUGUUGUUUAACAGUUAUUUGUUAUGAAUGUGAAGAUAUAUAUACCUGUGUUUCUUGUAAAUAAUAAAAUGCAUUUGAAGAAACUAUA